AUGUAUGACCAUCCUUACCAUUGUCGAAACAAAACCACACCUGGUAGCAAGAAUCAACUGAGCUUAAGAACUACUGGUCAAAAAUGUACACCACUCAGUACAUCAACUACCAAGUCCAGACGUAACCCCAACCCUGUUGUUCCCACUUUAACUUGCGCAGACGCAACUACAAAUUUGGCUGCUUUAGAUGAUAUGUUUGUUCAGUUGCAAAAUAUACUUGUUCAUUUGGAAACAUUCACACCCAUUGAUGUACCACCGCCAUAUCAAAUAUCAUGGAAGCAUCGUGCCAAUGUAUUGGUUAAAGACAAGGAUACUGAUAUUAAAACGUCUAGCAAUUUGAAGCAGGUGAAUAGACUCAAUGGGUCUAGGCGAACAGCUGCAUCGUCAUCAAGAUCAAUCAUUGCCACGAAGCAGCAGCCACAUCAUUGUAUUUCAUUUGAAUCCGAGUUUCACAAAUUACAUGAUCAUUACCGUCUGUUAAUGCAAGUAUUACUAGCUAAAAACAACGAUAUAAAUGUGCUCAAGUAUAAGCUCAACGAAUUAGUUAAUACAAUUGCCCUAAAGUUUGAAAACUUGGCUUCAUUUUAUACUGAUGAGGAAACCAUCUCUGACGAUGGUGAAAGUAAAGUUCACAACCUCGAUAAAAGCGAUGUUAGUGAUGGUAAUGUUGCUACUUUUCGAAACGCUGAAAUUGAUGAAAGCAAUAGUCCAAGCCAAGGAGAUAAUUUCGAACGCAAAAUGGAUGAAAUAAGUAGGAAAUUGAUGGAGAUUUUCAAUCCCCAUGAAGAGUUUGAGUCGGUUACUGUUGAUUCAGCCACUAUUGACUCAUGCAUUUUGCGAGAUAAAGUUUGUUUCAAAUUCGGGAAGUCAGAAUAA